UGGUUACAUGACUGUGUACCAGCAGUUACUCCACUCCACUCUGGUACAGGACCUGCUCCUGGAUACCUUUUGGUGGCUCUUCCUACUGUUGUAUCAGACCAAUUACAGUAUACAAGGUCAACUGUUUGAUCGAAUUUCGAAAAAUUAUGUUCAGCUGAUCAUGAACUGUCAGAACUAUUACUAUGGAGACCGAUUUCUUCAGGAUUUGCCCAGCACUCUCAGUCAGGCUGUGUAUGUCAGCUUCUGCUGCAGUUUUCCGCAGUCUUGGGUGCAGUUUCACAAUCAUGAUUUCAGAUCUCAACUGUGCAACAUCGUGUAUCAAUGGUUUGGAGGUGUGCGGCCAACACCAAGGAUUUAUAACAACUGGAAUUAUGAUAUUUUACUGCCACAGGAGGUGAAAGAUAUGAAAUCGCGGACAACACAAGACACAGACCACGAUAAAAACAUGGGAAUGAAGCUAUCCCUGAUUGACCUCCAUUCAACCAACAAAGAGUUUUACAACGUUGAAUCCGAGCGGUCCGCAGGGCCUUCAGUCAACAGUGAGCAAUCGGUACACAGCAAGCCCUCCCUGUCCAUACGCAGGCAGUCACAGAACUCUUCAAUUCAAGCAAAGAGGAAUCCAAAGGUUCAGAAAAACUCGUUUGUGAAAGCCAAUAACAAGCAACUUGAUAAGAAAUCAGUAAGCUCUCUUGGUGAGUUAUGGAGGUGUGCUUUCCAAUGACCAGUAAUAAUCUCACCACGAGUCAUUUCUAUUUGACUGCAGAAUGGGUUGUGAUGGACACAGCACACAUAAUAGAAGAAUCAUAGAAUCCCUACAGUGUGGAAACAGGUCAUUCAGCCCAUUGAGUC